CGAAUAGCAGGUAGUGCCACGUGGCAUACUACCUGGCAAUCAGGCAUCGAAUCUUUGGAAUCACGCGACCCAAAGCCAAGCGAACCAAGCCACCACUCCACGCCUAUGGCGGUCCUUCCUCUUCCCCUUCCCCUUCCCCUUCCCCUUCCCCUUCAUCUCCUCCCCUUUCCUCCCCAUCGUCAUCGCCUUCUCCUCCGUCCUCCUCACCCAAUUCGCACAUAGAAUUUCACUCUCACUUUCCCACGCCUCCGCAACUCUCUUUGCUCUUCUGCUCCAUCGCCGCCGGCUCGCAACUCAAGGCAUAGAGGGCUGAAGACGCGUCUGUCUGCAACCCAAACCCAAAGGUUCCAUUUUGCGAUUGGGUUUUGGCAUCUGGAUUUUGCCCGGUUUCCCCAUUUUCCAGAGUUGUCAUAAAUGGAGGAUCUUAGUGGAGUUGAUGAACAUGCUUGUGAUUGUCGGCUCGAAGGAAAUUAUAUGGUGUGAUCAAUACUAUGUGUAACAAAGGAAUUGCCUGCUUGAGCGACUCCGACUCCGACUCCGAAAACCCAAUUGAUCAUCAGGCUGUGUACUUGAUGGAUAGCCCUUCGGCUACCCCGCACUUUGGUUCUAAUUCCACCGCUGCUUCGUCCCCCAAUUCGAAUGAGGAAAACCCGCGUGUUAAGUUUCUGUGUAGUUUUUCGGGGAGUAUAUUGCCCCGCCCACAAGAUGGGAAGCUCCGUUAUGUGGGAGGAGAGACGCGAAUUGUGAGUGUUCCACGAGAUAUCAAGUUUGAUGAGUUGAUUAACAAGAUGAGGGAGCUUUAUGAAGGUGCAGCAGUGCUCAAGUAUCAGCAACCCGAUGAGGACCUUGAUGCUCUUGUCUCAGUUGUGAACAAUGAUGAUGUGACUAACAUGAUGGAAGAGUAUGAUAAGUUGGGAUCUGGCGAUGGUUUCACUAGGCUCAGGAUUUUUUUGUUUUCGCAUCCCGACCAAGACAGCUCAUCGCACUAUGAGGGUGAUGAAAGGGAUAAUGAGAGGAGGUAUGUCGAUGCUCUCAAUAAUUUAAAUGAUAGCUCCGAAUUUAGGAAGCAAUAUCCCGAGUCCCCUCUUACUAAUCCGGUUGAUGACCUCCAUAUAGCAGAACAAUUUUUUAGUCCAAUGAGUCUUGAGGGUGGCCUUCACAGUCAGAGAAAUUGUGAUAUAUCCAUGGCUCAAUACAACUUGCAUCAGCUCAAGAUACCUCAUGCAGGAUCGGGGCAACAUCAUCAACCAAUUAGUCAGAGGUAUAAUGAAAUGGAAGCUCCUUGGAGUCCUGCAUACUAUUCUCCCAGGCACCAUGCGCACCUUGAUCCAAGACCAAUGGCUGAGUUUCCUUCCUCUCCUUCCUCUGCACGGUACUGUAUGCCAUUUCCAGAUGUACCCGAUAAAUGUUUAGAUAGAAUGCCUGAAGAAUAUGCACGACAGCCAUUGAAUCACCAGCCUCCAUAUGAACACCAACCACAGUAUUCUGAGAAUGUUGUAUGGCUUCCAAGUGGAGCAAUAGGUGGUGAAAGGUCAGGAUUUCCAGGUAACAUUUUUCAUGGAAACAAUGCCGUCGAAGGAAACAGUAUUUGUGAACACUGCCAGAUGACUUUCCAGAGAAACCAACCACAUUUUGAGCAACCAAUCGUGGCAAAUGGAUUUCAGCAUGUUGCUAAUCCAAGCGGCAAGUGUACGCCAAAUAGAGAGACUUUCGUGAUGAAUCCAGAUGCAAAGUUGCACCAUGAAAUAUACGUAAGUGAACAGAAUACUGGUCCUCAUCAUUUUAGUGAGACUCCAAAUCAUGAAAGAGGCUGGACUCCACAUCUUCAUUUGAAUUGCCGGACUGAGGAAGCACGACCACAUGCUUCUGGAGCUGGGAAAUUGAAUGAUCCUUACAUUGUAGAUGGUCACAUAAAUUUGCCUCUUGGUCCUAAUACUGUGGAUGACCAUCACGUCACUUCCAAUUAUGUUCAUCACCCAGCUGGACCUGAAAUGGGAAAUGAAGUGUUUCAUGAACGAUCUGUGGCUGCUCCACCCCAUGUACACAUUGCUCCUGUAGAAGAGUAUGGUGUUCGUUAUGGAAAUUUUCCUUAUCCCUAUGGAGGAGAUAAUAUUUAUCGGGGGUCUCAUGGACAUGCAACUGGACCGGCAGUAUGGAGAAAUGUUCAGAGCCCAAUGCAUGCUGCGCCCCCUUACGAAGCAUCCAUUUCUGCUCCACAAGUGAAUGGUUCUGUUAAUGUGGGAUAUCUCAGACGUGAAGAUAGUCCAGUGUUUUCCAUUGGAUUAGACAAUCAAAAUAUUUGGGUUGACACCUCGCAGGAAAUGUUAGGUUUGGAAGGAAAAGCUGUUCCUCCGGACUGUUCUUAUGGGCACGCUGUGAAGUUGAACCCAAACCCACUCUGUCAAGAAAAUCAUCAAGCAUAUCCUCCAGACCGCGUUCAACCUACACCUGAUAUGAUAAAUUGUGCUAUUCCUUUGGACCCCAACUCCGUUGUAAGGUUUGAGGAAAAGAGUUCACCUGGAGUAAAUGAGGUGAAUCUUGUGGACAACGUGGAGAACCCUGAAACAGAGGUUAUAAAUCCAAACAAUCAUUGUGAUAAAAAUGGUGGUGUGGUAUCUCUUGAGUCAAUAAAUUCGAAUUUUGCUAAGCUUGCAGAAGAAAGUGGUAAUGUUGGCAAAACAAGUGACGAGGAUCAGUCUACUUGUGAACUUUCGAAGCUUUCUGUUAACAAUUUGAGUUUCAUACCGGAAUUGAUUGCUUCUGUUAAAAAAGCUGCUCUAGAGGGGGCUGAGGAGGUGAAAACCAAUGCUGAAGAAAGUACCGACCCUGAGAAGAGUAGUUCAAUAGACAAAGAAGCAGCUGCAAAAAAUUUGGAACAACCGAACACUCCUGGAGACAGGGAAUUGGAUUCUGAUAGUGAUAAUCUAAACAAUUCCAAAAUUGAGCCAACAAGGGCCGAGGCAGAAGCUAUUGCCAAGGGAUUGCAGACAAUAAGGAAUGAUGAUCUUGAGGAGAUCCGAGAAUUAGGUUCUGGGACUUACGGGGCUGUGUUUCAUGGGAAGUGGAAGGGGUCUGAUGUAGCAAUAAAGAGAAUAAAGUCCAGUUGUUUUGCUGGGAGACCAUCAGAAAGAGAACGUUUGAUUGCGGAUUUCUGGAAGGAGGCUUUAAUACUGAGUUCAUUGCAUCACCCAAAUGUUGUUUCAAUGUAUGGUAUUGUGCGAGAUGGCCCUGAUGGAUCUUUAGCAACUGUGACCGAAUUCAUGGUUAAUGGUUCUUUGAAACAGUUUUUGCAGAAAAAAGACCGAACAAUUGAUCGUCGUAAAAGAUUGAUCAUAGCUAUGGAUGCUGCAUUUGGGAUGGAGUAUCUGCAUGGAAAAAAUAUUGUGCAUUUUGAUUUAAAGUGUGAAAAUCUAUUAGUAAAUAUGAGAGAUCCACAACGGCCUGUAUGCAAGAUUGGUGAUUUGGGAUUAUCCAAAGUAAAACAACAGACUUUAGUGUCUGGAGGUGUUCGUGGAACUUUGCCCUGGAUGGCACCUGAGCUUCUUAGCGGGAAAAGUAACAUGGUAACAGAGAAGAUUGAUGUUUACUCAUUUGGAAUUGUUAUGUGGGAACUGCUUACGGGAGAUGAGCCAUAUAGAGAUAUGCAUUGUGCUUCUAUAAUUGGAGGUAUAGUGAACAACACUCUGCGUCCUCAAAUUCCCCCGUGGUGCGAUCCAGAAUGGAAGUCUUUGAUGGAAAGUUGUUGGGCUCCUGAGCCUUCACAGAGGCCAUCGUUUUCUGAAAUCUCUCAGAAGCUAAGGAAUAUGGCUGCUGCAAUGAAUGUGAAAUAAUUCGUCUGGAUGCAGUUGAUUCACUUGCAUUGUAUGUUAGCCACAACUUAGCCGAAGAGUAAAAUAAAUUUUAAGCAUAGAUUUUGCAGUUUAAGGCCAGCACUGGUUUCCAAAUUAUAUUAAGGCUAAUAGUGUAUUAUUAUUAUGCCUUGGUUCAUAUUUAAGCAACCUAAUAUAUACUGCCUUGAAAUGGUAAUUUUCUUUGAGAAGUGCUGGAUAUGCGCUUUGCAGUGGCUUUUACCCGGAAAGGGCUUUCAUCAUACACGGAGCGGAGCCAUGAUGGCACGAUCAAAACGUUGAAGUUAUUUUGGUUGAGAUCAGAAUGGUGGUACUGCUAUCAAAGCUGAACCAAGGUCGCUUCCGAAGGAUGUGUAUAGACAUUACCAUGUUUUACACAGUUGAACCGCUCUUGUUAUUCGUUUUCGGGGCCUCUGCUUAGUAUGCAAGAUUGAUAUUACAGCUAGGGACAUCUGUUUAUAUGUCCGACUUUUGCUUUGGCUCUACGAAUGUAAAAAGCAUAUGAUUAUCUGUGAGAACCUCUUUACAGUGUUAAGUCUUACCUUAGUAUUUAUUCUACCUAGAAAUAAAACACAGAUGUACAAAAUUACUUGGAUAUUGAUCGGAUUUGUACCCGGUACAGCGACGGGAAUCUAGGUUGAUCGGAAAAUGUUUGGAACUCAUUGUGAAAUUCUGAUGGAAAAUAUGAAUAAACUUGGGCGUUCUAUUCU